AAUUGCUAAAGCAUCUUUUGUCGAUUUAAAAGUUGAUUGUUUAGCUUUAGAGUGUUUAGACUAGAAUAUCUAGCUCACGAUCAGAAUUCACUAUUCAGUUUCACUAAUUCACUAUUUCAUUUUGCAAUAAUUCAACAUUCUUACUGUCAUACUCACGAUUAACAAAGAAAUUCCAUUUCAUUAGUCAUUUGUCGUGGAGUCGCUUAAGCUUUAAUUUAUAGUCUAUUUAGUAAGAUGAUUAAAAUUGAAAACACAUCACCUUUAAAAAUGGAAGAAAUCGAAUGUAUGUCUGAUGAUGAAGACGAAAGUUUGACAUAUGAACAACAAAGAGAAAAAAGAAUGAAAAAAAAUCAAGAAAUAUUAGAUAUACUUGGUGUAAAUCAGGCUGCAAAGACAUUAGCGAAUAGCUUAGAAAAAAAGGCAGCUUAUAAAAAUGUUAAAAAAUCUCGAUCUAUAAAAUUAAAACCUGAAAGACGUUCAUUGAGAAUAGCUCAUUUGGCUGCACCUCAAGAUAAUCUCCCUGAAAAAAAUGAAUUAAAAUUUAACAAUUCCGAAAUCUCUGAAAAAGACAAUUCUUAUGUAACUAAAUUUAUAGAUCAAAGUAUCAUAACAAUGCCAGAAGAAGACUCUGUUUUUGUUGAAAAAUUGAGUGAUGAAUUAGCCAUUAAAGAAGCAGUUAAUGAUUUUCAUAUGUUACCAAGUGAUAAAUUUGUUCAUGUGCUAAAAAGUCUUGAUAUGAUUACACCAGUAAAAGUGUGUGAAAAACGAAUCUACUCUCUUGCUAUUCAUCCUUCAGAAACAUCUCUAAUAGUUGCGGCGGGGGACAUGAACGGAAACUUGUCCUUGUACAACAAUAGAAACUCAGAAAUGCGCGAGUAUAGAAUUCAUGAUGCUCCAGUUAAUUGUAUUUCAUUUUGUACUUGGGAUCCAUAUAAGUUGUUUUCAACUAGUCAUGAUGGGUCAGUCAGAUGUGGUGACAUAGUUAAACGGACUUUUGAUGUUAUCUAUAAGAAAGAUUGGAAGGGUCAAAAUAAAUAUGGUAUGAAUCAUACCACAUGGCACACUGAAUUUGAAAGAAAUCUUCUAAUAGGGAGUGGUUCGGGACAUGUAGAUAUGAUUGACUUACGAACACCAGAUCAAAUUAUUAACACUGCUUGGUGCCAUGAAAGAUCUGUGCGUACAGUUCAAUGUCACCCUUUGGAAAAACAUCACUUUUUAACUUCAUCUGGAGUUGGAGAGGUUUCCUUAUGGGACAUAAGGAAGAUGACUGACAAAUCAAUUAAUCCAAUCUUACAGUUUGAGCAUCCUAAGUCCUUGACUAGUGCAUUUUUUUCUGCCUCUGGUACUAAGAUGGUGUCUACAUGUAAUGAUGAUAAUAUUAGAAUCUUUAAUACCGAUACAUUAAAUGCAAGUGCUACAAAACCAAUCAAAAUAAUUUCACAUAAUAAUCAUACAGGACGGUGGCUUUCAGUGUUUAAAGCUAAAUGGAAUCCUGGAAGAGAUAAUGAAUUCUUCAUUGGAUCAAUGAUGACUCCAAAAAGAAUACAAGUUUAUAAUUGUUCCGGAAAUGUAUUACACAAUCUGACCGCUACAGAGAUGACCACAUAUUGUCCAGUCAUAGAAGUACAUCCCACUCAGGCUAUUUAUGUCGGAGGAAAUGGAUCAGGUCGUUUACAUAUAUUUAGCACCAAGAAACAACUAACAUAAAAACUUCAGUUACUAAAUUAUUCAGUUUUAAUUUUUUUAUAUUAAUUAUUAAACAAAACAAUGUACAUUUUUUAUAAGCAUAUUUCAUUAUAUAGACAAAUCUAUAGUUAAUAUAGACUUGCCUACUCAAAAUACUAAAAAAAUUAAUGUAUAUAU